GGCCCUGCUCAUGUCUGCCAGUGUCACACUCGGCCACUGAACCCUCGUCGAGCCCAUGACAUCACCGACCCGUACUCUUUUUACUCUUGGUGCGAGGAUAAGCUAGGAGGAGGCGGCUAUUUUUGUUGUUCCCAGCUGCAGCAGCCGAGUGUUACAUGGGGCCAGAAAUAAGCAGCUUGGUAAAGAUAGCCGGGGCUGGUCACUGGCGGUCCUGAUAGUGUGAGAGACGGCUGGAGGGCGUGUGGAGGAGCAUCUUGAAGUAAUACAACAGAAUGGCAUCUACCUUACGGAUUGCUCUGGUCCAAAUGGCCGUGGGCGAGGUGAAGACCAAGAACGUGGCGCGUGCCGUGCAGCUCAUAAAGGAGGCUGCUGGCGGUGGCGCCCAGCUGGUGGUGCUGCCGGAGUGCUUCAACUCACCCUACGGCACCAAUCAUUUUCCAAAGUAUGCGGAGCCCGUCCCCGGUGAGAGCACCACUGCCCUCGGUGACGCGGCAAAGAAGUUUGGCGUGUUCGUGGUGGGGGGCUCGGUGCCGGAGAGGGAGGGCGACAAGCUCUACAACACCUGCACCGUGUGGGGGCCGCAGGGCAACAUGUUAGCAAAGCACAGAAAAGUUCAUCUCUUUGACAUCAACGUGCCUGGAGGGCAGGUCUUCCGAGAGUCUGACUGCCUCUCGCCUGGCAGCUCCUUGACCACCUUCGACCUCCCCCACUGUAAGAUUGGUCUCGGCAUCUGUUACGACAUGAGGUUUCCAGAAGUGGCUCGCAUCUAUGCAAAGUUGGGCUGUAAAGUGGUGCUGUACCCCGGCGCCUUCAACAUGACCACCGGCCCGGCCCAUUGGGAACUGCUGCAGCGAAGCCGUGCCCUCGACAACCAGGUGUAUGUGGGGGCCGUUUCUCCCGCCCGUGACACAGACGCUUCCUACAUCGCCUGGGGCCACUCCUCUAUUGUCAGCCCCUGGGGGGAGGUCAUCUCCACCUGUGAGGAUGAGGAGGCCAUCAUCUAUGGUGACCUGGACAUGGACUAUGUGAAUAAGGUGCGACAAAUGGUUCCUGUCCUCAAGCAGAUGCGGGACGAUGUCUACGAGGUGACGGCCAAGUAACAACAGGAGACAUAAGGUUAGGGAUGGUGUGAGCAGAGGAGGAAACACAGCCCUCAGGCCUCAUCCCAGAGACCUGGGGUUCAUGUCAAGGAUUGUAACUAUGUACAAAAACUUUUAUUAGCUGUAUCUUGCAUGCACUCUUGUAAAAGUCAGUCAUGUUGAAAUCCCCCCCCCCCCAACCCAAGGCUAUGAUGAAGAAAAGUAACAUUCAUGCAAAAGUCUUCUCCCUAAAUGUGACUCUAAAAGUCAUUCAGCAAUGUUGACUUUUACAUAAGUCUGUACAGCACAUGUUAAACACAUUUGCCCAGGCAGGCAGCAUUUCCCUGCUAUCAUGUGACAUAUUAUAAAAGUAUUUACUACUGAAAGGUUCAAGUAAUUCCACCGUACAAGUCUUCACCUGUGUUCACUUUUCCUACUUGAGAGUUUUGUUAGAAAUGGUUAGUGUUGCAAUAUUUUCAGAGUUUAUCAAGCCAACUAAUUUAGUCUUUUGUUAUCUUGCUUGCCAAGAAAGCCGCACUUAAGUAUUUGUAUCGAGAGAUUGUUGAUUGAGUUUCACAUCUUGUCUGAAAUUGAAAAGCAGAGUUGUGGAGUUUUCGUGUCCUGCUCUGGCUGUGACUCACGACUGGCUCUGUCACAGCUCUGACCCAAAUAGACCAGACUUGCUAUAUAUGAGGUGCUGAGAGAGAAGGGAGGGCCAGGCACCACACCCUGGAGCUUGUGUUCUAGUAUGAUGUCCAAAAGCUUUCCUCUAACUUCAGGAAACAAAGUGCCCCAGUAUUACAAUAUUCCUGAGGCUGAGAGCUAUAUUGUGAGUGUCAAUAAAAGUAUCUCUGCAGCACAUGACCUCAAAAGUUACUAACAUCCUGAGUGACAAGCGUCUGCAGCCCUCAGUCCUGGCCACCCUCACACACCUCACCAUCAUUCUUUAGUUUUGUAGUUAAUAGAGGCAUGUGUUCCUACAUUUGCUGUAUGAUAAAACUUGUAUCUCCCCAUUCCAAAAUUUGCUAGAAUGAAGAGUGUGAUGGCCACUGCAGAAAAUGAGAAGGGGAGCAGGUGCACUCUCUCUCUUUCUGUAUUAGUAACUAUCUAUCUAUAUUUAUUUGUCUAUCUUCUGUCCAUUUGCCUCGCCCCUUGUCACACAGCACCUCAUAUAUGGUACUUGAUUUUAUGUAGAUAAAAGAGUAGUGUCCAAGAACAGUAUCUGUUUGACCCUCUGUCAGUAAUUCCUCACUGCUCACAUCUUGUUCAUUACAUAAGAAUAAAUCACACUGUAGUCUUGGGUAAUGCAAGGGAGAAAUUGCAGUAAGCACAUGUAGUCAGUCUCUUGAGUAUUAACAAUUAUAUACAGUUUUGUAAAGGUGAGUUAUGGCAUUUUGUACUUCCAGGAAGACCUAACCAGUUGUGUUCCAUCCAUACACGUAUGAAUUGAGUGUUGCCGCCACAUAACAAGCCAGUGCUUUUUAGGUGAUACUCUUUUGUGAUAAAGAAUGCUUAGUAUGCCAGGAAGUACCAUAAGCAAACUAAAUAAUUAACUGCAGUUCAAAUAAUACUUUAAUAACAGUUUUCUAGCACUCACAUUAUAUUUCAUUGACUCUGCCAUAAUAUUAAAAUGCAUAUGUACAUGAGGUCUUCUGUAUGAAUAUGUGAUCUAACAUCAUUCUGGGGAACCUUCCAAAAACUAAGUAGAUGGCAGUACUGUGCCUGCCUCUCAGGCUGCAGUGCAAAGAAAGGCAUAAGCAAUACUUCUUGGUUUCUGUGAGAGCUGUGAGGCCGUGUGCCGUCAUGUUUCAUUCACAUCAUGCAAGUGAUUUAUGAUGUAAAUGGCUAGUAAUUCCAAUGUUAUAAAAAAUGAUUUUGUCAUAUUGCCAACCAAGAUGAUCUUGCUAAUAAGGAAGAGCAUUCCACACACAAAAGACUAUUCCAUCAGUUCUUGCUUCCUUCCUUUGAGGACUGUUCUCGGCUGAAAGUUUCUAUGCAAGCUGAAGUAAGUAGUUGGUGAACCAUGUCUUUCCACCUUCCUUACCACCUUAGAGAUCCUUUUUGUGUAUUUCUUAAAUGAUUCAAUUUAAAGGUUAAAUAAAUAUAGAAUCAUUGCUCAUGUGACUUACAGCAUCUGAGGACAACAAAAUGAUCAAGGGGAGUAUUAAUAAUAUUACUACUCAGUCAUUCUUGCUCUGCUCUUCAUGUCAACUCUGUUAUGAUCAACAGACAGCGUUGCUUCUGCCGCCAACACUGCCAUGACAAAUUUGUGACUUUGCGUCCAUGCUGACUUUCUUAGAAGCACUUCAACUUCUAGUUUCCCAGUACAUGCAUGUGCUGAGGAAUAUAACUGUUCAGCUUUGAUUCAGUAAAUGUCAAAAUUGUAACAAAUAGAUAAAGUACAGGUAGUGUAGCUGAGAUUAAUAUUCAGGUCCUUUUUCUCCAUGAGAGGAGCUCAGAUGUUCUCAGCCAGGCUCAGGAGACCAUACAGUUGUGUGAAGCUGUGCAAGCAAGGUUCUCUUUGAGAUGAGAUGUGACAAAAACAAAACAAGGAAACAAGAAUCUUGGAUGGUAGUCAAAGUCAUAGAGCAAAAAGUGUAUAACUUUUUAGAUAUUUCCAGUGAUUCAGCUUUAUUCCUGUGUGUGGUGCAGGUCCAUCUAUUGUAAGAUUAGCUUGUGGCAAUGUUGCCAGGUCACCUCCUUCAAUGGAUGCAGUGACUGCUGAUUGGUCAGCAUGAGUAGGGUUCUUAUAAGCACAGAGCAAGCCUUGACAGGGGACCAGUCUAUAAAGUAAUCCUAAAGGCAGCUCUAACACUGUACAGAGUGAAAGUUAGAGUUUAUUUACACUGAUGUGUCUAAUUCCUUGUACGGUAAGGUCCUGAGCAUUGCAAGAAUGGGUGGACACACAAGCUCACACCUUUGUUUUCACACCAUCCAACGUUGUAACUGAAGGGUUGUGCUACCUAUUUAGUUGAAUCUUUUGUAGGCAACACUGUUCUUGUAUUGCAGUACUUGACCUCACAUUGUUUGGGGCCCGACUGUACUGGUGAUUUAUUUCUCAACCUGUGAUUGGAAAGAAUGCUGUUGCUUAGGGUCUUUCCAACACUUUAAAAUUAUCCUCUGGCCUUUGUACAAAUGGCCUGUCUACAAUUAUCAUAUUAUGAUUUACAAAUUAGGAUUUUAUUAUACAUUGCAUAAUAAAAUUGAACAUUCUA